GUAAAGCCCCAUCUGGGCAGGAAGCAACAGUUACUGCAGCAUCAGUAAUGACUAAUAGCAGGCUUGUUGCUAUUGUGGUUGUCCGGAGACACCAACUCAGCUCUUGCUUUGCUACAUCACUGCCUUAAUACUGCAGGCAACUCUGGUCACUGAGUCGCAGAAGAAAUCACGAAAUAGGAAAGUACAAAGAGAACUCACUAGGAAAAACAUGAGGCAUACAAACAGUCAGACAAACUAAAUCUGAUUGAAAUUGCAACUGUUGAAGAACCUUCUGUGGGUGGCUGAUGAUGGAGUUCAAGAGAUGGAUGUAAGAAUCAUCCUUGUGGGCACUACUGUUAUGCCCUCCCAGCCUCUUUCUCUUGACUUGUGAAAUCAAUGAAGAAGGAAAAUCUGCCAUUUGAGGAAGAACAGAAGAUUCUCUAGCUUAGAGAAGUGACAUCUGAGCAGGCAUGUGAUGAUUCGGGAAUGUAAGCCUCAAACCAUAAGCAUAAAGUGCAUGGAGAACAGUAAUAAACUAUGUUGUAUAACAGAAAGUUUUUAGAUCGUAAAUUUAGAAAUUUAGAUUUAAAACAAUCUAAAUGCAAAUCUUUCCUUUGUUUCUUUCUUUGCCUAGGUAAACUUCUAUACUUAAAACCUUUAUUUGCAUAACAAGGCCCAUGCUAAAGUUAAGUUACCUAGGUAACUCCUUAUCAAAGAUUGUUGCAGAUGACAAGAGGAUAAAGGGAUCAAAAACAUGAGUUAAAGUACAAAAAACAUCCCCAGGUUUUUUUUCUAUAAGCCACAGACUGUUGGCAGGUGAGAGUUUUCUGUUCUGCCUCAUUGCUCUUAGUUGCACAAGUGAGCCAAAGCAAGCUGAGCCCCACGUAUAGCAAGGUGCAGCUAUAUUUGGAACCCCCAUAUCACAGUUACUAUAAUCUCAGCAGCAUCUGUCUGCCUGUGUACUUUUAAGGACAGAUUGUACACACAUGCUGAGUGGGUCACAGCUGGAGGAGGUGAUCUCUGCUGCUCCCGCAUAGCUGAGUAGAAUUGUCUGUCUGCUCCUUCAGCUGCCUGCAGGGUCUCAGCUGUGGCUUUACCAUGGCCUUUGAAUAAGGAUGGGAUUGUAACUUUGCUUUCCUAGAUGCAGAGCAGAGUAUAUGUAAUUUGUUUUUUUUCUCAUGCCUUAGCAUUGGUUUUAUUGCUGUCGGUGACAAAUGUUGCUUUGCUUUUCAUGCUGGAAGGAGAAGGUACCGCAGAGACUGCUCAGGAGAUGGUAAUCAAAAGGAUGUCAGAACACAAUCUCUUUGCUGUUUUACUCAUCCUAUGAUCAGUUCCAGCUAUUCUCCUUAACUCUUUCAAAAUUUUUUAAUUACUAUCUGAUCAUGAAAAUCCAGAUGAAGGGCCGUGUCAAAAGUGAAUGGACCCUUAGUAGUCCAAUAGGUAUUGUUAAGAUGUAUUAAUCAGUCAGAUCAUAAUCUGACCUUUGGCACUGGGCUUAUGUUAAAUAUGUAUGUGUACAAAGAUUUUGUCUUUUUUUCCCCCCAUCUCCUAGUGUGCCAAGCAUUUUCUUCACAGAGGGUAAACAAGUACCUGCACCUGGAGAUUAAAUUGUUUAUGCUGUGGAUUGGCAUUACGAACUUAGCAACCAAAGUACAGGAACUAAUCUGAAAGAAGACUACUACAAUGACAGAUCCUUCAGUGGUGGAUCGUGUGGCCCAGCUAAAAUUCAAACUCCUAGAAAAGAGACUAGAAAAUGAACAGAAGAACCUAGAGAAGAUGGAGUUACCUCUCCCUACAGCAAGCAACAGACAAGAGGAUAUGCUUCAAAGUGCCUUGAAGCAAAGGAAAAAUCUCCUGCAGGAGCUUCAGGAGCAGCACCUUCUGGAAGAGCUGUCACAGCCUUCUGCACCAGCUGGGGGACAGUAUAGGAACUAUAGUGCUGGUCCCCCACACAUCUACCAGAUACCUUUUCCAGCACCUCAAGCUGAAACACCAAGGAUUAUCCAACAGGUGAUGCCUCCUCAACCUGCCACUAUCAUCCAGCAGCUCCCGCAGCCACCUCCACUGAUAGCACACAUCCCCUCUGCCCAGCCCUUUGCACAUCCUCGCUCUGGAAGCAUUAAAGAAGAUAUGGUGGAGAUGAUGCUGAUGCAGAAUGCACAGAUGCAUCAGAUCAUCAUGCACAACAUGAUGCUGAAGUCUCUCCCACCGAUGGUGUUUGCACAGCCUGCCAGACCCGGCUAUCCACUACUUCAGCAGGGUACUGACAUCUUGGGAGGCAGCACCAUCACAGCCAGCAUGCAAGUGAUAAAUUUGGUAUGGAAAUGGAAGGCAGCGUUGGUAUUUCCUCAGAAGUGUCAGAACUGUGCUGAGCAUCACCUCAAGUGAAAGGGAGGCAGCAGAGAGACAGAGCAUGUCCCUAUAGUCCCCCACCAUCCUUCCUAGGGCCACCAAAACCCCUUUGCUUAUCUCCAUCAAGGACUUGCAGCUCACCACUCCUGUGGCUGUGAAAGCAGAUCGACCCUGGCUGUCUGCAGUGCAUCACCACCACCACUACUCUCCCCCAGGGCUG